CAGUCUUCGCCAUUGUCUUGGACUUUCCACUCUAGAACACGUCGCCUCCAAAGUUCCAUUUUCUAGCCCAUCAAUCACACGAGCCAUGAGGGAGAUCGUGCACAUCCAGGCCGGCCAGUGUGGUAACCAAAUUGGAGCCAAGUUUUGGGAGGUGAUUAGCGAUGAACAUGGAAUCGACCCAACAGGGACAUACCAUGGAGACAGUGACUUACAGUUGGACAGAAUUAGUGUCUACUACAAUGAAGCCACAGGUGGUAAAUAUGUCCCUCGAGCCAUUCUGGUCGAUCUGGAGCCAGGAACAAUGGACUCUGUCCGAUCUGGUCCAUUCGGACAGAUCUUUAGGCCUGACAACUUUGUAUUUGGCCAAAGUGGGGCUGGAAACAACUGGGCCAAGGGCCACUAUACUGAAGGAGCAGAACUGGUUGACUCAGUGCUUGAUGUCGUAAGGAAAGAGGCAGAGAGCUGUGACUGCCUGCAGGGAUUCCAACUCACCCACUCUCUUGGAGGUGGUACAGGCUCUGGUAUGGGCACCCUUCUUAUCAGCAAGAUCCGAGAGGAGUACCCAGACAGAAUCAUGAAUACCUUCAGUGUGGUGCCCUCUCCCAAGGUGUCAGAUACUGUAGUAGAACCAUACAACGCAACACUCUCAGUGCAUCAACUGGUGGAGAACACAGAUGAGACCUACUGUAUUGACAAUGAGGCUCUGUAUGACAUCUGUUUCCGCACGCUCAAGUUAACCACACCAACCUAUGGAGACCUGAACCAUCUGGUCAGUGCUACCAUGAGUGGGGUAACAACUUGCUUACGUUUCCCAGGCCAGCUGAAUGCUGACCUUCGUAAACUGGCUGUCAACAUGGUUCCCUUCCCACGUCUUCACUUCUUCAUGCCUGGAUUUGCUCCACUCACCAGCCGAGGAAGCCAGCAGUACCGUGCACUGACUGUGCCAGAACUCACCCAGCAGGUGUUCGAUGCCAAGAACAUGAUGGCUGCAUGUGACCCACGCCAUGGAAGAUAUCUGACAGUGGCAGCAGUAUUCCGUGGACGCAUGUCCAUGAAGGAGGUGGAUGAGCAGAUGCUUAAUGUUCAGAACAAAAACAGCAGCUACUUCGUAGAAUGGAUCCCCAACAAUGUCAAGACAGCUGUGUGUGACAUCCCACCACGUGGUCUUAAAAUGGCCGUCACCUUUAUUGGUAACAGCACAGCCAUCCAAGAGCUGUUCAAACGCAUCUCAGAGCAGUUUACUGCCAUGUUCCGUCGCAAGGCCUUUUUGCAUUGGUACACAGGAGAGGGGAUGGAUGAGAUGGAGUUUACCGAAGCCGAGAGCAACAUGAAUGACCUUGUCUCUGAGUACCAACAGUAUCAAGAUGCUACAGCUGAGGAAGAGGAAGACUUUAAUGAAGAGGCAGAAGAGGAGGCUUAAAUUUUCUCUACAGCUACCCCUCCUCUUUCUCAUAUUUCCUUCUCCAUUCUCAGGCUGAGAAAAAGAAGAUUCUGUACUGAAGAUUAUUGUUUGUUUUUUUGUUUUUACUUCUCCAUCUUUUUUCAUAACCACCUUCCACUUUCUUUGUUGUUUCAUUGUAUUGUCUACUCUCUUACUUCUCCUUUCUUCUGUUGUUCUCUCUUGCUCCAGCCAGUUUCUGUUAGUCAGCAAGGGUAGGCCAUGGCUAUUGCGGGGUUAGCUUCUGGCUGAAAAUAUUGAAGUAUAUCUGUCAUACAGUUAGUUAGUGGAGGAUUCUGGCUUUGGAUUUGAGGGUAGGUCUCAACCAUUAGUCUGUUGUAGACUUUGUACUGCAACAUUAUUUCCCUCUCUCCAUUGUCUUUACUUCCAUGUUAUCUUCACCCUUCAUGGCUGGGUGCUGGUCUCUCCAGCCACAAGAGGUUUAAAUAACCAACUUUCUAUAAAGCCCUGGGAUUAAGAAGAGCCUGGCAGCCUUCAGUCCUGUCUUAUGAUAUAGUAGGCCAUGUUCACUAUUUUCACUUCUAGUUGUAUCUCUUAUUCCCGUGUUAAAUUAUUACUGUGGACAUGGUUUGGGCCAUGUUCAAAAUAGCAUGUACAAGUCACUGCCGCUAUCCCUAUGGCUGUCGUUCUAAACCUCGGAGGGUGUUCUAAAAAACAACUCAUGUUUUUAUCAAGCCAGACUAGGCUUUCUUUAACGUAUUCUGUGUAUUACUAAGUAAUUCCUGAUCUAAAUUGAUAAUUGUUACCUAAACAAACGCACUUAACACCAAGUAAGGUGAGCAGUAUUGAUAAGUAUGAAAACCUUUGGCCAUUUUAAGAAUGUAGGGCUGAAAACCAUACUUAAGAGACUAUUUAAGAAAGCAUUGUGUGCUACUCUGCAAAUAAUAAGAAUUGUGGAGAAUAUGUUUCAAGGUGAAUAUUUUGUAUUUUCCUUUAACUUUUCUCUUGCUCUAAAAUUCUUUUCUUCCCAUCCUCCCUUUGCUGUUCCAUACCAUAAUUAUUUUUUAUUUGACUGUUGCUUUUUCAUAUUGAAAAGAAGACGAGCCUGUGACAGAGGAAAAAAAAUAAUAAAACCUUUUUUUUAAUUUUG